AUGGAAGAUUUCCAUGAAGAGACGCGCGAGGCACGGGACGAGACCUUCAAUCCGGAUCUGAUCCGCGCGAUAUUCAAGCUUGUGUGGAGCCGGCGGACCGGCAGGGGCGGCGUCGUCGACGAGGCCGUAGACGUCGAGCCUGCUGCGGAGACGUCAAGGAGGAACCGGAGUACCUCUGCCAAUGCAAGUGCACUUCAAGUGAGCUGCGAACUUCUUCGGAUGUUUGUCGCAGAGGCUGUCCAGCGGUGUGCUGUUAUCGCUGAAGCAGAGGGGACGACCACAAUUGAGCCCACCCACCUGGAGCGAGUUUUGCCGCAGCUUCUUCUGGACUUCUAG